GCGCUUGUUUGUAAGGGAAUGCCAAACGUUGUCUUAGCUCCCUCUAUAUAACCACAAAAACCACCUCCUCUCCCAAUUUGCCUCACUCCCAUCACCAUGCCCGUGUAGCAUAACCUCCCCUUCACCCCUCCUUCCCUACUCAAUGGCACCAAGCACAUCUCAUGCUUCAGUGCUCCUCAUCGCCACCAUACUUGCCCUGCUCCUUGCCGCCACGCCCAUCACUUGCUGGCGUCCAUGGCCUCACCUAAAACCCAACAGCUCAGACCUUCUUUAUGAUUCCUCCAAAAAAUUUGAAGGGUCAUCAGAAUUUGUUCACCUGCGUUAUCACAUGGGCCCAGUCCUGACCGGGAACAUAACAGUCCACACAAUCUGGUACGGUAGAUGGGAAAAAUCCCAGAAAAAGAUUAUUCGAGAGUUCAUCAACUCAAUCUCAACCGUCAAUGCACGGCCACCGUCAGUUUCUGGGUGGUGGAGAACUGUGCAACUCUACACAGACCAAACUGGAGCCAACAUCUCACAUACUGUCCAAUUAGGACAGGAAAAAAACGACAGGUUUUAUUCUCACGGGAAGUCUUUAACGAGGUUGUCUAUACAGUCGGUGAUCAAGAGUGCCGUCACGGCCAAAUCUAAGCCGCUGCCCACCAACCCGAAGAACGGUUUGUAUCUGUUGUUGACUUCCGAUGACGUGUACGUUCAGGAUUUUUGCGGGCAGGUUUGUGGGUUUCAUUAUUUUACAUUUCCGUCGAUCGUAGGGUACACGUUGCCUUAUGCUUGGGUAGGUAACAGUGAAAAGCUGUGUCCUGGUGUGUGCGCUUAUCCGUUUUCCGUGCCUAAGUAUAUACCUGGGUUGAAGGCACUAAAGUCACCGAACGGUGAUGUGGGUGUUGAUGGGAUGAUAAGUGUGAUUGCUCAUGAGAUUGCGGAGCUGGCGACCAAUCCAUUGGUGAAUGCUUGGUAUGCAGGACAGGACCCAAGUUUUCCCGUGGAAAUAGCUGAUUUGUGUGAGGGUAUUUAUGGAACUGGAGGCGGUGGGUCCUAUACAGGACAAAUGUUGUUGGAUCAUGAUGGUGCCACGUAUAAUAUGAAUGGGAUCAGACGGAAGUUCUUGGUUCAGUGGGUUUGGAACCAUUUCGUUAGUUACUGUACUGGCCCUAAUGCCCUUGAUCAGUAGUGGUAUUUUCCUAUUUUGACCUUGUUUAAUUUCUGUAAUUUGGGGUUUUAUCGCUCUUUUUUUGUUGGGUUUUGGAUUUUGGGGUUAUUAAUGCAUUAAGGUAGUUAAGGUUGUUAAAUCUGUAAUAAUCUCUAUUAUACUAUUUUUGUACACCA